GGGCCGGGGGCCUUGAGGGGGACCCUGGGGCGGGGCCGGAUCCUGCACGAGGUCCCCUCACUCCGCCUCCUCUUCCCCAGCCCCGCCCCUCUCUCUCAGCCCCGCCCCCUUUCCCACCCUCGCCCCUCCCCCGGGCGGGGCCGCUGACAGGAGCGCGCGCCCAGGGCGCCCGGCCAGCGCCCUCCUCCCCGCGCGCGCGCGCGCUGACAUCACCCAGACGCGCGCCCCCUCCACCACGUGGGGGCCCACGCGCCCGCCCUCUCCAUUAUGUAACGGCGCCGAAGCGAGGCCGCCCUCCUCCCAUUGGCCGCGCCGGGAGUGACGCGCGGCCGAGGCCACCGCCCAUUGGCGGGGGGUGGGGGCGGCCCCUCGUGCCCACCCCCUGCCUCGCGCGGAGCCCCGUGACCCCGUCCCGCCCGCCGGGGGGCGCUGUGUCCGCGUCGCCACAUGGAGGGGGCGUGGCCGCUGCUCCCCCACCACCAUCCCCAAACCCUCCCGGCCAAUCAGCGCGGGGCGGCCUCCGCAUUGGGCAGCGCCGGCAGCGGCUCGGGCCAACGGGAGCGAGGGGGCGGGGCGGGGCGGCGAGGUCUCCGCCCGCUGCCGGGGAGAGGCGGCCAAUGGGGGCGCGGCGGGGGCGGGGCUCAGCGGGAGGCACGUGCGGCCGCGCACGUGUCCGCGUGGGGCCGCCGCAGCCGGGGCGGAACCGGCACCGGGACGGGACGGGGACGGCGGCACCGGGACACCGAUACCGGGACUGAGGCACCGGGACGGGGACAGCGAAUCCGGGGCACCGGCACCGAGACAGCGGCAGCGGGGCGGCGGGACACUGGCACCGGCACUGAGGCACCGGGACCGGGACAGCGAUACCGGCACCGGGACACCGGCACCGACCGGGACACGGGCACCGGGACGGGGACGCCAGCGCUGCCGCAGCCGGGAGCAGGCAGCCUCAGCCGGGCGACACCGGAGCUGAACCCCGGGAGUGGCUCCGCCGGGGGGGCCCCCCCCACCAUGGAGCCCCCCGCCCGCGCCUGCUCCUGCGGCUCCCCCACCCCCAGCCCGGGGGGUCCCUCCGACAGUGAGGCCGAAGCAGGGGGACCCCCCACAGACCCCCCCAAACCCGAACGGAGCCGCAAACGGCCAGACAGAGCCCCCCCUGAAUCGCCCCCCUCAUCACCGAAUCGCCCCCCGAAACGACCCCGCAAGGGGGACGGGGGGGGUGCCCCCCCCAGCGAUGGCGACCGCCUUUUUGCCCAAAAAUGCCAGGAGCUGCGGGGUUUCAUCCGGCCGCUGGCGGAGCUGCUGGAGGGGCUGAAGCGGGGGCGAUACGACCGAGGGCUGAGCAGCUUCCAGCAGAGCGUGGCCAUGGAUCGGAUCCAGCGGAUCAUCGGGGUCCUGCAGAAGCCUGAAAUGGGGGCGCGGUACCUGGGGACGCUGCUGCAGGUCGAGGGGAUGUUGAGGCUCUGGUUCCCCCACGUCGCCCCAAAACCCCCCCAAGAUCCGACCCCCGCUUCUGCCGCCCUCCUCCUCCUCCGCCGCCGCCCCCCCGCCGGCCCCCCCGGAGCGCCCCGCUGCCGCCGCCCGCCUGCAGACACCCCCGCCGCUGCCACCCCCGCCGGGACGGCGCGCCGGGGGGGGCACCCCAAAACCCACCGCUCUGACCAGACCGGGCCCCCCGUGUCCCCCCCGGCGCCGGAUGCGUGACAACCCGGCCCCCCUCCCCGGCUUUUUCUCUUCGUUUUCUUGGGUUUUGCCUUUUUUGGAUUUUUUUUUUUUUUUAAAUAUUGUGGACGGUUCGACCUGCGGGCGGGCGGGGGGGGGGGGCCGAGACCCCCCCGGGGAGCCCCAAAACUCCGGGGAUUGGGGGGGGGUGCGUGUGCCUUCGCCUGAGCGAAGCCCCCUCCCCCGGGGGGGGGAGGAGUCGUGCCUUGGUGCACGGCGGGGGGGGGGGCGGGGAUACGGGGGGGAGGGGACACGGGGCGGGGGGCUGGCCCCCCCGCCGGGCCCGUGUCCCCUCCCCCUGCGUGGCGGUUUGGGGGAUGGGGGGAGGGGGUCGUUUGUGUCCCCCCCUACCCCCGGCCCUGCUGGAAGCAAUAAACGCCGCGGGAGCGGCCGGGGCCACCCGGUACCGGUGUCCUCUGUCCCCCAGGGGGUUGUCGGACCCGCCCCCCCCCUCCAGGUCCCACCCCGUGACCCGCACCCUAAGCC